AUGUCCGCCGCGUCGCAAGGAAGCCAAGAGACCCUGGGGGUGGUGCUCAUCGAGCCACCCUGCGUGGUGUCCGGGAAAGACAGCGAGGUCGCCAUCCACCUCAGUCGGCCGGUGCCCCUGGCCAACUCCCACGAGGUGGUGGUUGCGUCUGAUGGCGAGCUUGUGGCCAACGCACCGUUGUCGCCGGCCAUGGGCAAGACGCUCAGUCUCGACCUGCCUCCAAUCGGCAGCUGCGGAGUGUACGUCACCAUCACGGGCGUCGCCGAGGAGCCUGACUCGAAAGCGCCCUGCAUGCUGUCCCUCCCCGCGGAAGCCGCAGAGGAGGUGUGCGAGCUUUUCUCACGGAUGCUGAGCGACAUGAUGGCGAGCUACGCGGACUCGCCUUCGGAGCUGCUGUACGUCCCUGCCGGCUGCGAUCCGCCUCCACAGCCGGCAUGGAUGGGAAGGGGGGGCUCGAGUCGACAGUGGCUGGAGGGCGACACGCCCCUCAGGGAGGCCGUCUGGGCGUCCCACCUCCAGCCUUUCAUCGCGGAUUUUGCCGCCCUCCUGGAGGGCCUCUCAGCCGGCAACUCCGACUCCCACGGCGCGUGCGUGCCCAUGGUCAUGUACCUCCUGCAGGCCCGCCUCUGGAACACGGCCUCUUUCCUCCUGACCAGCUGCCUGGCGCACGGCGUGCCUGUCACCUUGGGGCCCUUCGCCCUGUCGGCGGUGGACGUGGAGGCGCACAGGCUGAAGGCCGAUUUCCUGGCGAUGGCCAGCCGGGCUGAGGGGCUGUGCGUGGGGGAGGGCGCGGGAGGGGUGGAGGAAAGGGGAGUCUCUGUGGGCGCCAUACGCGGGCUGCACACGUGCGGGUCAAACUCGGGCAGCCCGCUGGAGAGCGGCCACUUCGCCGGCAACACCGCCGCCUCGUCGUAG